UUCUGGCAGUGGCAUCCAUUGCUAAUAUCUUGAAGAGCAGCCUUGGACCAGUUGGCUUAGACAAGAUGUUGGUUGAUGAAAUAGGGGAUGUGACAAUCACCAACGAUGGUGCAACGAUUCUCAAACUGCUGGAGGUGGAGCACCCCGCAGCUAAGAUCCUUGUGGAGCUGGCAGAGUUACAAGACCAGGAGGUUGGAGAUGGCACCACUAGUGUGGUGAUCAUUGCAGCCGAGUUGCUGAAGAAUGCAGAUGAGCUGGUGAAGUGCAAGAUCCAUCCAACAUCCAUCAUCAGUGGAUACAGACUUGCCUGCAAAGAAGCGGUGAAGUACAUUCAAGAGCACCUGACCAUCCCCGUUGACGACCUGGGACGAGACUCCAUUGUCAAUGCAGCUAAAACUAGCAUGUCCAGCAAGAUCAUUGGCUCCGAUGCAGAUUUUUUUGCCAACAUGGUGGUGGAUGCUAUUAGCGCUGUGAAGACCUCUGACGGCAAAGGCGGUUACCGCUACCCGGUUAAAGCCGUCAACGUUCUUAAGGCUCAUGGCCGCAGUACCAGGGAAAGCAUUCUGGUUCAAGGCUAUGCUAUCAACUGUACUGUUGCUUCACAGGCAAUGCCCAAGUCGAUAGUGAAUGCCAAGAUCUGCUGCUUGGACUUCAGUCUGCAGAAAGCCAAGAUGAAGCUGGGAGUUCAGAUUUUGGUGGAGCACCCAGAACAGUUGGAUCUGAUGAGACAGAGAGAGUUGGAUAUCACCAAGGAGAAGAUUCAGAAGAUACUGGCGACCGGGGCCAAUGUGAUCCUGACCACAGGAGGCAUCGAUGACCUGUGUCUCAAGUACUUUGUGGAGGCCGGGGCCAUGGCCGUCCGCAGGUGCAAGAAAGCUGACCUCAAGAGGAUUGCCAAGGCUACAGGAGCAACUUUUCUGAUGACACUGGCCAAUAUGGAUGGGGAGGAAUCAUUUGAGCCAUCUUAUCUAGGUCAUGCUGAUGAGGUAGCACAAGAGAGGAUCUGCGACGACGAGCUGAUUGUAAUCAAGGGAACAAAAGCUUGCACUGCCUCCUCCAUCAUUCUCCGCGGUGCCAAUGACUUCAUGGUGGACGAGAUGGAGCGGUCCAUUCACGAUGCCCUCAGUGUGGUCAAGCGUGUGCUAGAGUCCAAGAAGGUGGUGGCAGGAGGUGGAGCUGUAGAAGCAGCUUUGUCCAUUUACCUAGAGAAUUUUGCCACGUCACUGGCCAGCAGAGAACAGCUGGCGAUUGCCGAGUUUGCCCAGUCGCUGCUGGUGAUCCCCAAACAACUGGCUGUCAAUGCUGCUCAAGACUCUACAGAUCUGGUUGCCAAGCUGCGGGCUUUCCACAACACCUCCCAGACACGGGCGGAGCACAACGACCUCAGAUGGGUUGGACUGGACCUCUACGAGGGAGUCGUCAGGGACAAUAAGAAGGCUGGUGUUCUGGAACCUGCCAUGUCUAAGAUCAAAUCCUUGAAGUUUGCCACGGAAGCUGCCAUCACCAUCCUCCGCAUCGAUGACAUGAUCAAACUGGUCUCGGAGAAACAGGGUGGCCAGUCUUACCAGGAUGCUUACAGAUCUGGGGCUUUGGAGGAUUAA